AGUAUUGAUUCUAAAACUAAAAAUGGCCACACUGCUCGUUAAGAUGACAACAAUUACAAUAGUCCUCUUUAUUUGUAUAAUUUUAUUCCAUAACGUUACCAGCGACUGUGGCUGCCAAAAGUUCGACCGGAAGACCACGGAUACGCCGUCCAUUUCCGGACAAGUGUGCCAGCAACGAGCACAGGGUGCACACAGCCACUACCGGGAUUACUAUGGCGAACUGGAGCCAAAGAUUGCGGACAUGUCACUUCUUCCGGGAGGCACGGUUUACAUGGGCACCGACAAACCGCAUUUUCCGGCCGACCGCGAGGGUCCGGAACGGCAGGUCAAGCUGAAAGACUUCUACAUCGACAAGUACGAGGUUUCCAACGAAGCUUUUGCGAAGUUUGUUCUGCACACCAACUACACCACGGAGGCUGAGCGAUAUGGCGACAGUUUUCUGUUCAAGAGCCUUUUGAGCCCAUCCGAGCAGAAGAACCUAGAGGACUUCCGAGUGGCGAGCGCUGUCUGGUGGUACAAAGUGGCCGGCGUGAACUGGCGACGUCCAAAUGGCGUGGACAGCAAUAUAGACCACUUAGGCCGACACCCGGUAGUGCACGUAUCGUGGCGCGACGCUGUGGAGUACUGUAAGUGGGCCGGCAAGCGGUUGCCCAGCGAGGCGGAGUGGGAGGCGGCUUGCAGGGGCGGCAAGGAGCACAAACUGUUUCCCUGGGGCAACAAGCUGAUGCCAAGGAACGAGCAUUGGCUGAACAUCUGGCAGGGAGACUUUCCCGAUGGCAACCUGGCUGAAGAUGGGUUUGAGUACACCAGCCCGGUGGAUGCCUUCCGACAGAAUAUGUACGACCUGCACAACAUGGUGGGCAACGUGUGGGAGUGGACGGCAGAUCUGUGGGACGUAAAUGACGUUAGCGAUAAUCCAAAUAGGGUCAAGAAGGGCGGUUCUUAUCUGUGUCACAAGUCUUACUGCUACAGGUACAGGUGCGCUGCACGCUCACAGAACACAGAAGACAGCUCGGCCGGUAACCUGGGUUUUCGGUGCGCCAAGAAUGCGUGAGUUGUCAUCGUGUCAUUCCGCACAGCUCUUUCUCCUUUUAUAAUAUAUUUAUUACAAAUACAUCAAAUUAGCCGAAUAUAAAGACUUUCAUUCACUUAAUAUUAGGGAAAGACCUCCACCAACCACCUUCUGGUACUUAAAAAAUAAACUGAAGACGAGAGAAGUCGUCGUUUCUCUAGUAGGCGGAACCGGCUGUCAUCUACUGGGAACUUUAUAUGAACAUUUAAUAGAAAUCAGUUUUAUGUUCAGCCAUGGGACACACACCUUGCAACAUAAACUUAAAUAGGGCAAAUAAGGCUUCAUUUGAAUAACUUAAAGUUCAUACAUAUUCAACAAUGAUUUUUUUAUUAAAAUUGUUUCACUAAAAACUUCACGAAUAAAUUUGUAUCUCAACAAGGUUUUAUUUACAUUUUUUAAA